CUAUCUUGUACUAUGACCAGACGCUAAACUGCAUUUUGUCGUACCUGUACUCGUAUUUGUGCAAUGACAAUAAAGUUGAAUUGAAUUGAAUUGAAUGAUCACAUUGAAUGACGGUGCUGGCUCGAAGGGCCGCAUGGCCUACUCCUGCACCUAUGUCUAUUGUCUAUUCAAAAAUCUUUCUGCCUUAAAAAUAUUCACUGACUUGGCCUCUUCAGCCUACUGUGACAAAUAAUUCCACAGAUUCACCACCCAUUGGUUAUGAUUAAGCAUGUGUAAGUUAUCCCAAGAGCAUGAUGGCUCUAGGAAAGUAAUUGUUCCUGAAUCUGGAGGCUUCUUUACCUCCUGCCCGACAGUAGCAGCAAAAAGAGGGCCCUACCCAAGUGAUGGAAAUCCUGAAGAUAAAUGCCACUUCUUGUGGCAGUGCCCCGUCGGCCAUGAUUUCAGUGAAUUGGAGGAGCAGGUGCAUGGGCUGGGUGGCCUUUUCCUGCGCUUAAUUUUUAUGUUUGUAUGAAAUCAGCAUCCAGAAAUCAGGAUUCACUGGGAAUAUUGAGUGAGCCCCAUACCACCGCAGGUCAAGUAACCCCGUUUCUGAAAGACCUGGAUGGGAAUUUUGCCUGCUUGCUCCCCCUGCUGUUUGAAGGUUUACCUGAGUCUGGUCCACCCUAACAAAACCUUUGGUCAGAGGUGAACGUUUGCAGAUAAGAUAAUGGUGUUUAACAGACUUUUAGAUAGGCAUGUGGAUAUGCAGGGACAUGGAGGGCUAUGGAUCAUAUGCAGGUAGAGUAAUUAAACUUGGCAUCAUGUUCGGCACAGACAUUGUUGGCUGAAGGACCCGUUCCUGUGCUGUACUGUUCUAUGUUUCAGUGUGCGGUCUUAAGACCGCUGACGGCCCUGUGCCACUUUCCCGAGUUACUCACGAACUCUCCCGAGUUUUCCCCUUGAUUCGAACUCGGAGAAUUACGGUAAUAGCCGUUCGUAGGUACUCGGGGCUAUUUUUUUAACUCGUGGACAUUUUUCAACAUUGAAAAAACGUACCGACUUACCUGAUGCCCUGAUGUUCCUAUGGCUGGCAUUACGAGCCGCUAGGAAACAUCUACGGACUCCUACGACCUCCCACGAGCUUGCUACCGACAUUCCCUGAGUUCAAAUCAAGGGGAAUACUCUGGAGAGUUUGUGUGUAACUCGGGAAAGUGGGACAGGGCAUUUAAAAGACAUGUCCUGACCCUGGUAGUGGGCACUGGAGAAAGAUAUACAGCAGAUUCACAUCUGCAUCGACCCACACGAGGGGUGUAGGGCAUUUCUGCUGCAGAACGUGGCCUAUGAAGUUCUGGGCAGUCACACAGAAAUUGGCUUUAAAAAUGUUUUUUUUAGGAGGUGGGCUUCUUUUCUGAGCUUUAAGGUAUGUUAGACUGAAGUUUCAGGAAGUAGCUUGUGUUUCUCAAGGGGAGGGGCCAUGUGGUAUAGCCAAUUUUCUUAAUGUUCUUCAGAGUGCCUGAGUGAGGUUGGUCACCUGUAGCCUGGCAGUAAGGGCCCACCUUGAAACUUGGUGAGUGAUGGUGCGUUCCCAGCUGUUAAAAUGAGCGCCAACCCUAACCCCCUGGAGACGUGGGUGGAUGCAACCAGUCACGCCCUGUGCAUUAACUCGGACAAGACGUUGGAAGGGACAGCGACGAAGAUCCUCAAGGUCUGCUUCUGCAGCAACACCAGCAGCAACUUGGGCAAGAACUUCAAGCUGGUCAAGUGUGACCACACGACUGAAAUCAGGGAGAUUAUCAACACAAUAUUGGACAGUGGGAGAGUGGGUCCCAGCAUCAUCUUCAAGAGCUGUUAUGGACUCAGAUUGAAGCACUUGAAAUCUGACGAGGUCUACUGGCUCCACCCCGACCUCACGAUCGAGGAGGUUCAGACCAAAUAUGAGAGUCAACAUCAUGAAGCCGAAUGGAGGUAUGAUCUACGGAUUCGAUUCCUCCCCAAGAAUUUCAUGGAGAGUUUUCAACAAGACAGAACAACACUGUUAUGUUAUUAUCAACAGGUACGCAGUGACUACAUGCAGGACACCGCAAACCAGGUGGACCAGGACAUUGCUUUGAAGCUUGGCUGCCUGGAGAUAAGGCGGUUUUAUAAAGACCUGCCUCCAAAGGCCCUGGAGAAAAAAUCCAACUUUGAGCUGCUGGAGAAGGAUGUCGGUCUCGAUUUGUUCUUCCCUAAGCAGUUGCAAGAUAGUAUGAAGAUGAAACACCUCCGUAAACUCAUCCAGCAGACCUUUCAGCAGUUUGCCCAUUUCAAGGAGGAUGAAUGUAUCAGACAGUUUUUCCAGAUUCUCAGCUGUGUCACUGACUUUGAACAGGAACAUUACAAAUGUGAACUUGGACAAGGCUGGACGGUGGCAGUGGACCUGGUGAUUGGAUGGCAGGGCAUCGGCCAAGUGAUCAGCUCGGGUGAGCCCAUCAGCUUGGCAGAGUUCAAGCAUAUUAAAUCCAUCAAAUCUGUUCAUUCAGAGGGCAAUACGAAAGCUCUGCUUCAACUGGAAAUCAGUGGGGCUUCACAGCCGCUGACAAUAACAGCCUCGUCGCUGGCAAUGGCGGAGAACAUGGCCAAUCUCAUCGAUGGCUGCUGCCAACUGGAGCGUGGCGAUGCAGUCUCCCUCAUCACGAGUUUCAGGAGAGAUCAAGAAUCAAAAGACAAGCUUCCUGACCUUCCUGCCCGGCCAAGACCAGAAGUGAAGAUAACCGAUGAGCCAAGAUCCAUCUUGUCACGGAGAAGCAUGGAUUCCGACAUCUACGCCGAAAUCCCGGACACGCCAAGAUCUGCAGUUCCUCACAAUAAUAUCUCUCGAGACUCUGUGGUUCUGGGCCGGAUUCUGGGAGAAGGAUUUUUCGGUCAGGUUUAUGAAGGACUUUACAAAACAAGUAGUGGGGAGCAGCUGGCUGUUGCUGUGAAGACCUGCAAGGGUGAAUGCACGUUUGACAUCAAGGAGAAGUUCCUCCUGGAAGGCACAAUCAUGGAGCCCCUCGACCAUCCACAUCUCGUAAAGCUAAUCGGGAUCAUUGAAGAGGAGCCAGCCUGGCUAAUCAUGGAAUUGUAUCCUUAUGGAGAGCUGGAGAGUUACCUGGUCAGCAACAGAGCCACCCUGGAAGUGGUGACGCUGGGCGAUUAUUCCUGGCAGAUAUCCAAAGCCCUCGCCUACCUGGAGGGUGUGAAGGUUGUGCAUCGGGACAUAGCUGUGCGGAAUGUUCUAGUGGCUUCUCCGAAUUGCGUGAAGCUGGGCGAUUUUGGACUCUCUCGUUACAUUGAAGAGGACAGUUACUAUAAAGCAUCUGUAACGCGAAUGCCGAUUAAAUGGAUGGCACCGGAAUCCAUUAACUUCAGGCGUUUCACAGCCGCUAGUGAUGUCUGGAUGUUUGGAGUGUGCAUGUGGGAGAUCCUUAGUUUUGGGAAGCAGCCCUUCUUCUGGCUGGAAAACCGGGAUGUAAUCGGCGUGUUGGAAAGAGGUGACAGGCUUCCGAAGCCGGAGGUUUGUCCCCCAACCCUCUACACCCUGAUGACCCGAUGUUGGACCUACGAACCUCGGGAAAGACCGAAGUUCACGGAAAUCGUCUGCUCGCUGAGUGACAUUCACCAGAUUGAGGUGGAGCAGCGGGAGGAGCGCAAGUACUGGACUGAGCGCAGAAUAACCACGAGGAACCCCGAGAUCACGCUGGCCAUCAACGAACCCCCACCCAAGCCAUCAAGAACGAGAGGAUCUUCAAUGAAACCACGUGGAAUGUAUUUCUUGAACCCAGGACUUCAGUUCCAAGUUCCGGAGUCCCUCUGUGCCAGCUCACCACACAUACUUUGCUCACCCAGUAGUGAGGCACCGGGUGACUCCACACAGACUCACCCCACAAAACCAUUUAGAAGACUCAGUAUGCAGGAAGCGGAUCUCAUCGGAGAGAUUAACAGCAAAGAAGAUGCCCAGAAGCUCUGGGAGAUGGAACAGGUCAAGCUCCAGGAGAGGAUCAAGCAGCAACAACGGGAAAUGGCUGAAGAUAAGAAGUGGCUGGAGAAGGAAGAGAAGCUGCUGGCUCCAAAUGAUAACCAGUCCCAAAACGAGAGUGACCCGGAGUCGUGCUACACUGAGUUCACGGUGGCGCCAGAGAAACCUCCGAGGAAGAAUCCGCCGCCGAUUCAGGCAGCUCCCACAGCCAACCUGGACCGCACGGACGACAAGGUGUACCCCCUGGUCAUGGAGCUGGUCAAGGCCGUGCUGCAUCUGAAGAACCAGGUGUACCAGCUGCCGACGGAUGAGUACAUCCACCUGGUGAAGACCGUGGGUAUGAAUCUUCGGCGCCUGACCAGCAGUGUGGACGAGCUCUUGCCGAAGCUGCCUGCCUCAUCACGGACAGAGAUCGAGGGGACUCAGAAGCUCCUAAACAAGGACCUGGCUGAUCUGAUAAGCAAGAUGAAGCUGGCCCAGCAGAACUCGGUGACCUCGCUUAGCGAAGAGUGCAAGAAGCAGAUGUUGACAGCCGCGCACACCCUGGCAGUGGACACAAAGAACCUGCUGGAUGCUGUGGAUCAGGCCCGUGUGCGUUCAGGAGAAGCCAAGCCCAUCCCCGACUGACCGCGGCCCUCCUGCUCACUGCCUGCAGGCCUGGAGAAAGGGGACCUGAGCGCAACCCAAGCUGCAUGGGAUUAGUCCUAGAGCGUGGGGCGAGGGGCACUCCCCAGGGGGAAGGGAACACUGGCAUUGUCUGAACACAAACCUGGCGGCUUGUGUUUGGAGGGUGGAGGGUUCUUCUAAAUCUAACUGAUCCCGUUUGGCAUUUAGCUCUCUGUGAUACCAUACACUGUGAUUCUGCGCUUCGCCAGAUGUUUCCUGAUGUGUUGUCAUUUUGAAUCCUAAGGCACCUAGAAAUAUCUAAUCAUAAAGUGCCAGACGGGAGAUGCCGGGCAUUGUCUGGCGAGGCCAGAAUGAAUGUCUCUGAGCGCUUUCACCCAACAUCAUGGAUGCAUUUGUAAAUACCACGGCAGGUGAAGCACCAACAGGUAUCUCGCUCGAAUGUGACACGCCUUGCUCAUUCAUUCCUCACCUCUCAACACAAAAAGAUUUUGGGGGAAAAAAAAACUCGGCUUGUGUUGAGUUUGUGGAUAUUUCCUUUCUCCAAUAAAGAUAGAAGUGCAAAAGCCAAGCACGGAUGUGAUGACUGCUGAAGACCUGAGACUUGGUGGCUGCAAGAUACCUCAUCUUGCAGAUGAGCAACUAUCAAUUAAUGUAUUCAGAAAUGUAUUCACUUCAGGGCUGCUGGGAUGGUGAGUAAAUCAGGAGUUUUUGACCCCACAUCUGAGGAGGGAUGUGCUGGCAUUGGAGAGGGGCUAGAGGAGGUUUAGGAGAAUAAUCCCAGAGAUGAUUGGGUCAACAUAUGAUGAGCAUUUGACGGCUCUGGGCCUAUACUCAAUAGAAAUUAAAAGGAUGAAGAGGUGGGGAGGACGGGGGGGGGGGGGGGGGGGGUGACCACAUUGAAACUUACUGAAUAAUGAAAGGCCUGGAUAUAAUGGAUAUAGAGAGGAAGUUUCCACUAGUGGGAGAGUCUAGGUCCAGGUGGAGCCUCAGAAUAAAAGGACGUAUCUUUUGAAAGGAGGAAAAUCUGUGGAAUUUAUUGUCACAGACGACUGUGGAGGCCAAGUCAAUGAAUAUUUUAAAAGUGAAGAUUAGCAGGUUCUAGAUUAGUAAGGGUGCCAAAGGUUAUGAGAAGAAGGCAGGAGAAUGGGGUUGAGAGGAAAAGAUAGAUCAGCCAUGAUUGAAUGUCAGAGUAGAUUCGAUGGGCUGAAUGGCCUAAUUCUGCUACGGCAUGACGGGAGUGAUCUGUGCCAUUGAUCUAACAUCUACAUCUCAGCCACCUGAUACAUCAUGUUGGUGUGUGGACUUGGAUCCGGUUGUAUAACUGGGCCCAGAGUUUGAAUUGUUCUCUUUCCACCUUACUCUCCCUGAUCUGUGGACCGGAGCUGGUGUGACCAGACGUGAUUCUGGACUUCCCCGUUUCAGCCUUGUGACAUGACCUCUGAGCACCAAGUCAUCAGGGCUCAUCUGCUCAUGUGAUCAUCCCCAACAUCUCACACAGCAGAUACUUCACACACAGCAGAUACUUCAAACCCAGCAGCAGCCGACCUUCCUCACUGCUCUCCAGCUCCUACAGUUGUACCCUCCAUUAUUUACAUUUACCACUCAAGACCCAACACUGGUGAGGGUGAUGCGAUUUAGUGUGGUUUGACCAAGUCCUCUCGUCUUUGGAACACUGCACCUGCAUUGUAAUCUUUAUCGCGUCUGACAUUAAUCUUUCUGUGACCUGCUGAGCAUUGUAAGAUGGAAGCGCUAGAGAAAGAUGGGUGGGAGUAUGCGGUCAUUGUGGAUUAUUUCAUGUGGACACGGACUUGAUAAACCAGCUCCGUGCAUCUACACCUAUAAGAUUUAAUGGUGACCGGAACAGAAGAUUUUUCAUACACAAGGUGCUGAGUAUAUGGACCAAGCUACCAGAAAACCUAUAAGAGUCAAGAGUCAAUUUAAUUGUAAUUUGGACCCCUGGAGGUCCAAACGAAAUGCCGUUUCUGCAGCCAUACAUUACACACAAAUAGACCCCAGACACAACAUAAUUACAUUUUACAUAAACAUCCAUCACAUAGCUGUGAUGGAAGGCAAAAUAAACUUAUCU